ACCACAAUACCCCUCCAUUGAACUUCAUUUCCCUCUCUACUUUCACAUGCAGCUCCGUCACUGUCCUCCAUCGGCGAUUGUUCCGGUUUCGGAGCUUCUGAGUCAGCGGAAUCCGUGGCGAUUUCGUUCUGAGAGCUGUUGAUCACCAGUUGUUGUUGCAUCGUUUGCUUUUCGAGAUCUUGUUUAAAGUGUUUCGCAGUGGAGUGAUAGUUGAGUGUGGAGUUCAUGAAGAUUGGGGAUUAGGUUUUCUGUUUGUGGUGAUUCGAAUUUGCGGUUUGUAUGAGAGGUGGAUAGAGUUGGUGAUGGAUAUGGAUGCUGAAGGUAACUUGGAGUUCCUGCUGGACCUUGAGAUGUUGCAGCUCCCCGAGGUGUCUUAUUUUGCUCUGAAAUCCAAUCCUUAUGUCGUUGAAGCGCUGUUUUCGCAGUGGCUUUCGCUUCCCGAGACUGGCCGACUGGUGAAUUCUUUGGUUGCUGAUGCGAAGUCCGGUGCUUCUUUGAGUGUUGGCGGCAACUCUACUGGAAUCAAUGGUGUUUCUAAUCAUUCUUUACCUUCCAUGUUUCCGGGUGGCAGUACUCCUCCACUUUCACCACGCAGUGCAUCCAGUUCACCACGUACGGUGAAACAGAGGUUUGGCCCUUCUUCGUUAGGUUCUCCCCUUAAGUUGGUUAAGGAACCAGCAAGAGAGGCUAUACCACAGUUCUAUUUUACAAGUGGCCGUCCACCGCCUAAUGCUAUGACAGAAGAUUUUCUGUCUAAAGCAAAUCAGUUUUUUCUAUCUCGCUUGGACGGAGUGCAAAUAAAGGAAUUUAAAUCAGUCACAAAGGAGAUCUGCAAGUUACCCUCAUAUCUCUCCACUGCUCUUUUUAGGAAGAUUGACGUUAACUGCAAUGGAAAAGUAUCAAGAGAACAGUUCAUCAAUUAUUGGAUUACAAGCAAUAUGUUAACUAUGGAUUUAGCAUCCCAAAUAUUUACUAUUCUCAAGGAACCAGAGCGCAAUUACCUUGUUCAGGAUGAUUUCAAACCUGCUUUACAAGAACUUUUGGCAACUCACCCAGGGUUGGAGUUUUUGCAAAGUACACCAGAAUUCCAGGAAAGAUAUGCUGAAACAGUCAUAUACAGGAUAUUUUACUAUAUUAACAGAUCCAGUAACGGUCGUAUUACCCUCAGGGAGUUGAAGCGUGGGAACUUAAUUGCUGCAAUGCAGCAUGUGGACAAGGAAGAAGAUAUCAACAAAGUCCUGAAGUACUUCUCAUAUGAACACUUCUAUGUGAUAUAUUGCAAAUUUUGGGAGCUUGACAAUGAUCAUGAUUUUUUAAUUGAGAAAGAGAAUGUUAUCAAAUAUAGUAACCAUGCUCUAACCUAUCGGAUUGUCGAUAGAAUCUUUUCUCAGAUUCCAAGAAAAUUUACUUGUAACGUUGAAGGAAGGAUGGGAUAUGAAGACUUUGUUUACUUCAUUCUGGCUGAAGAGGAUAAAUCAUCUGAACCGAGUCUUGAGUACUGGUUCAAAUGCAUUGAUCUAGACGGAAAUGGAGUGCUCACAAGGAACGAAAUGCAGUAUUUUUUUGAAGAGCAGUUACACCGAAUGGAGUGUAUGGCUCAGGAACCAGUGCUGUUUGAGGACAUAUUGUGCCAGAUUUUUGAUAUGAUUGGACCCGAGAAUGAGGAAUGCAUAACAUUACGAGAUAUCAAAAACUGUAAACUUGCUGGACACGUUUUCAACAUCCUCUUCAAUCUCAAUAAGUUCGUUGCCUUUGAAAGUCGUGAUCCAUUUCUAAUUCGUCAGGAACAUGAGGAUCCAACUUUGACUGAAUGGGAUCGAUUUGCACAUAGAGAAUAUAUUCGUCUUUCCAUGGAAGAAGAAGCUGAAGAUGCUUCAAAUGCAAGUGAUGUCUGGGAUGAGUCACUUGAGGCUCCUUUUUGACAUAUGGGUGAUCAGUGAUGUAAACACAGAAAUGGUACUUGGUUGAUCGCAGUAUUGGACGUGAGACGAGAGAUGUGCUUAAUGCCACUGCAUAGUUUGGCUGCACAAGAAAUGUACAUUGCAUGAAGUUUCCCUGCAGUGAGACUAGAUUCAAUGCUUGGCAUAUUUCCAUAAUAUCCUUUUGCCAUUCCUCUGCUCAAUUUUUUAUUUGCAGCAACACAACGUAUCUCUCGGCUUCUUUGCUGUUCAUGUUACUGUUGUAGUUUACAUUUUAAAGCUCUUACAGAUUGAAUUUGAUGUUGUCUUGUUAGAUUCGUCACCAGAAUAGCACACAUGAAAUUAUGUCGAUCGUAAUCGUCAACCCAAAAUCAAUUUGUAUAGAAUCGACACUUCUCCAUGUUUUUUCUUUAUAUAGCAAAGUCUGUUGAAUGCAUCAAAAAUUUUCUUUUGGAA